ACUGAGCCACACUAAAAUAGUGCCAGUACUUUGCUCCAAAGUGAAGUGUAGGAACAAAACCAAAACUAAUAAAAAAGUUGGUGCUUGCUGCUAGUAGUAGUAGUAGUAGUUCUUGGAAAUGAAUGCAGAGCCCUCCCUCAUGAUGCAAAUGCAUUUAGUGAGGGCAUUCAAAACACUUGCAAGAGUUUGGUGAGAGGAGGGAGGCUCUGUGUGAGAUUUGUUCUGCAUCUGACCUUAAGCUUCUUCUUCUUCUUCUUCCCUAGAUUUGGAGAGACUAGAGCCAGGCCAGUUCAUCACUGGUUUGUUGGGGAGCAUUGUUUCUUGCUUGCUGCAAAGCAGAAAAGACAGAGUCAAAUCUUUAGUUUUUAUUUACAUAUUUCUUUCUUUUUUGCUUCCUCCUCUUUGAUGCUCUUUUCUUUAAUUUGAGUUCUUGAUCCUGCCAAAAGCAAAAGCCCCUCACUUUUAGCUGAGGAGAGAAGUCCAAAAGGAAAAGGUGAAGGCUUGUCCUCCUUGCAUCUCAACUCAAACCCUCCAUCCCCCUCCAAACUCCUUCAAACCAAAAAUCUCCAAUUUUUACCACAAAAAUCCCCAUCUUUUCCUCCAAAUCCAUUUGAUUUCACCCCCACCACCAAACAAACCCUCUCAGAUUUCUUCUCCCCACUUCUCCAUUGCCAUUCUGCCAGUGUUCUUGAUUCAAGAAAUGCUCAUUUUCUGAUCCAUAGUUCUCCAAAGAUCCAAUUUUCUGAAAUCUCUCCACGAAAAUCUCUCAUUUUUUCUCCUCCUCGAUGCCUCGUUGAUCCAAAAUCGCCACGAAGAAGAAGGAGAAGCUGCGAUUUCUCAGGUCGCUCGAUUCCCUAUGCAUCUCUCCCUAUGGAAGCCCCUCUCCCACUGCGCCGCCGUCCUCCUCGCCAAGAACCACCGCCGCCGCGGCGGCGGCGGCGGAAGCAAUGGCCACCGCGGUGACGACCCGGCGUCGUUCCUCCGCCAGCUGCGCGACGCGCUCGACGCCGCGUCGGAGGACGGCUCGCUGUGCCCGCCCCCGGACGCCGCGGGCGCGGGCGCGGACGCCGACGCGGACGCCGCCGUGUCGCGCUCCCGCUCGCUCGCGCGGCUCCGGGCGCAGCGCGACUUCCUCCGCGCCACCGCGCUCGCCGCGGCGGGCGGCCCGUUCCGCUCGCCCUCCGACAUCCCGCUCCUCCCCGCCGCCAUCGCCGGGUUCCUCGCCAUGUACCCGGACUACGCCACCACGUCCGACGUCGACCGCCUCCGCGUCGAGCACUACUCCCACCUCGACGCCGCCGCCCCCGGCGGCGGCGCGGGCGGCAGGGUCUGCCUCGACUACUGUGGUUUCGGCCUCUUCGACUCCGGCUGGGACUCCUCCUCCUCGUCCUUCACAUUGUCCGAGCUCAAUGCCAACCUCAGCAACCACGCGCUCUACGGCGGCGCCGAGGCCGGCACGGUGGAGAACGACAUCAAGGAGAGGAUCCUCGAGUACCUGAACGUGCCGGCGAGCGAGUACGCGCUGGUGUUCACCGUGAGCCGGGGCUCGGCGUUCCGGCUCCUCGCCGAGUGCUACCCGUUCGAGACCAACCGGAGGCUGCUCACCAUGUUCGACCACGAGAGCCAGUCCGUGAGCUGGAUGGCGCAGAGCGCGCGGGCGAAGGGUGCCAAGACGCGCACCGCGUGGUUCCGGUGGCCGACAUUGAAGCUCUGCUCGACGGAGCUGAGGAAGGAGAUCGUCGGUAAGAGGAGAGGGCGGCGACGGGAUUCUGCGGUUGGUUUGUUUGUGUUCCCUGCACAAUCUCGGGUGACCGGCGCCAAGUACUCCUACCAGUGGAUGGCGCUGGCGCAGCAGAAUGGCUGGCAUGUGAUGCUUGAUGCAGGCGCACUGGGCCCCAAGGACAUGGAUUCUCUGGGGCUCUCGCUGUUCAGGCCGGAUUUCAUCAUAACCUCGUUCUACCGGGUUUUCGGUGCAGACCCAACUGGGUUUGGUUGCCUUCUGAUUAAGAAAUCAGUUAUUGGGAGCUUGCAGGGGAGGAAUGGGUGUAAUGCUUCUGGGAUGGUGAGGAUUGUUCCAGUGUUUCCGCAAUAUCUAAGUGAUUCUGUUGAUGGAUUUGAUGCAAUGGAUGGUCUCGAAGAUGAUUCUGGUGUCCACAAAGAUGAGAAGCCAGCGUCUGAUGCCCGUAAUGGUUCGCAGCUGCCAGCAUUUUCAGGUGUGUACACAUCUGCUCAGGUCAGAGAGGCAUUUGAGAGUGAUCCUGGCCGUGACAGCAGCUCGGACAGGGAUGGGGCGAGCACCAUUUUUGAAGAAACUGAGAGCAUCUCAGUUGGUGAGGUCAUGAGGAGCCCGGCUUUCAGCGAAGAUUGCUCUUCAGAGAAUUCUUUCUGGGUUGAUGUUGGCCAAAGCCCAUUGGGGUCGGAGAAGGGUGGUCAUUUCAAGAAAGGGAAACUUGGAUCCCCAUUACCAUCUUCUUGGUUCGCUGGCAGAAAGAGUAACAAGAGGAUGUCACCGAACCUAACAUCCAGGAUAUCAAGAAGCCCUCUUUAUGAUGGUCAGGUGAUAUCUUUUGAUGCAGCUGUAUUAUCAGUUUCACAUGACGCGGACUGCCUCAAGGAAGACCCUGAAGAAGAAAUCUAUGAGAAUGGUCGGCGGAAUCACUUCAGGCAAGUUAGUGAAAUUCAAGAGGAGCCAGAGGUUGAAGAAGUUGUAUGUCAACAUGCUAUGAAUGGCGGUGGGGAUCACAAAGAAAGUGCGAUAAGAAGGGAGACUGAAGGGGAAUUUCGGCUUUUGGGAGGGAGGGAUGGAAACAGCAGAUUUGCUGGGGGUCGGCUCUUCGGUGUUGAAGAGAUUGAUGCAGGUUUAAGCAUGGGCCGUAGGGUUUCAUUCAGCACUGAAGCAAAUAUUAUUGCGGAUAGACUACACCGGGCCUCAGAUGCUGCUGAAGCUUCUGGAUAUGCAUUCCGUGAUGAUGAUGGUUGUGUAAGUGAUGGGUAUGAUAAUGCUCAGGACUGGGGCAGGAGAGAGCCGGAGAUAAUAUGCAGGCACAUUGAUCAUGUUGAUAUGAUGGGGCUUAACAGAACUACUCUUAGAUUAAGAUACCUGAUCAAUUGGCUAGUAACUUCACUGUUGCAGCUGAGGUUACCAGGCUCAAAAGGUGGUGAUGGAGACCCCCUUGUCCACAUUUAUGGCCCAAAGAUUAAGUACGAAAGGGGAGCUGCUGUUGCUUUCAAUGUGAAGCAAAGUGAUGGCACUUUUGUUAAUGCUGAAGUUGUCCAGAAGAUUGCGGAGAAGAAUGGCAUAUCUCUUGGCAUUGGUUUUCUCAGUCAUAUAAAGGUGGACCUGAACCACAAACAGUUAAAUGGAGCAUUCGAUAUACCUGAGGCUUCCUUCUAUAAGAACGGCCGCAAAGACAGUAAAAAGGUGACCAUAAGAGUUGAAGUUGUGACUGCUUCCCUUGGCUUCCUUACUAAUUUUGAAGACGUGUACAAUAUGUGGGCAUUUGUCGCCAAGUUUCUGGAUCCUUCAUUUCUAGAAAGUGAGCGCCUCACCAUUGCUGCUGACCACUCAGAGGGACAAACUUGAGCUUUAUCUGUAAUUUGCAUUCAGCAAAGGAGAGGAAGUCCUGAAGUCGUUGCCUAUACUGGGGGCAUUGGUCCAUAACACACAUUUUUGCUAUCUUGUCCGAGAUGGAAAUUUUCACAUGGAGAAGUGGAGAAUAUCCUGUAUAGAUGCUCCUUCGUGCCAGUGAACCAAAAUUAGUAAACUGGUACUGAUUUUUUUGUUGCGUGGCAUUUUGCAGUCCAGGUAUCCCAUCUUACUUUGUAUAUGACUUUUGAUGGCUUCCCAGUCACUUGUGACUUGUAAACUAAAACCAUGAAUUCUUCGAUAUUGUGAAAUAUGUUUUAAUGCCCAGGUUAACGAUAUUAUGGUUCCUUCCCUUUGUAAUAUUAAAUUUUCAACUUAUCGGAAAUCACAAUCCUAUCUGUGUUGUAUCUU